CGGAGCACGGAGUACGGUCAGUACAGAGCCGCGAUCACGAUGAUCCGCGCCGGACGCUCGCACGCUCUCUCCGUUGCCGGCGUUUCGCGUUUUCUUUACGUGUUUUCGACCAUCGGUAUAGGUGCUUGUACGGAAUAUGGAAUCCCAAUAGAAAUAAAGUUAUGGGACUCCAAACGGUCCCCUUUAGCUCACAUGGUAGACGUUACCAAUGAAUUUGGCCUUAAGGUUUUAGCGGAACAUAACUUUUUAAAUGACAAUAAUAUAGCAUUCUCCCCAUAUGGGUUAAUGGGUAUUUUAGUUGCUUUAUACGAAGGUGUGGAUGGAGAGUCGUCUUAUCAGAUCCAGCGUAGUAUGCAACUACCGUGGAACAGAAAUAUAAUGAGGAUUGGAUUUCGAGAUAUACAUCGCACACUUAAAACCUAUUUUGUUCCUGAGGAGGGUUUCCUAGCAGGACUUGCACUUAAUAACGAGAAUGUUACUUUUACUGAAAGCUACAAAAAGAUUCUACGAUUUUAUGGUUUCGAUUUAGAAGGCGAUCAGUUAGCUACAUCCAAGCCAAAUAAUACAGCAGAAGCCCCGCAAGUGACUACAGAUAGUCUGAAUCAUUCUACUUCUACUACUUCUACUAGUAGUAUAAGUAGUAGUACACCCACAACAAUGAUAACUAUUGCAGAGAAAAUAACAAGUCGUGAGGAUCCAUUAACCAGUCAAUCUACUAAAGCGACUAUAGAAGAAACUUCACCGAAACCACAAGCAGAUACUCAAGACACUGAAAAUAUUCGUGAGGAAAAUUCGGAUACUCCUAUAACUUCUACAGUCGCAAGUUCUACUAAUUCAAUCGAAACGACAACAAAUAAUGGUGCUAACACACAGACACAAACGAUAGCAGUAUCUUCCAGUGCAGUUACCGAACCAUUUACUACUACCACUGAGACAUCAAAAACAGACGUGUCUACUACGCAAAUGAUGACACAAGAAUCAACUGAGACAACUAUGACUAGCGGAUCUACUAUAACCGAUGAAGUUACAUCAACGUUUACGACAUCAACAACAGAAACUUUGACCAGCACAGAUUCUUCAACUAUGACAACUAAUAUUCAAACGGUAGGAACUAGUUCAGUUACCGAAACACAGCAGUCUGAACAAAUGUCAUCAAACACUGAAUCCACAACAGAAUCUAUUUCAACAAUGCCUACCACAUCUACAUUGGAAACGCUAGAACGUCGGAAGAAAUCAGUACUUGACUUCCUAUACACAAGUCCGCCAUAUGACGAUGAUUAUCUGGUAUAUCGGUCAUAUGAUAUCGGAACAGAUUUACCAAACGAUAAUUCUUACGAAGACGAUAAGAACUUCAUGGCAAAUGGACUGAGGAAUAUUCAGGUAGCCUACAUGCAUUAUGAUUCAGUGAUGGAGUAUGCAUAUCUUCCGCACUUGGAAGCAUCAGCUCUCCGCCUUCCUCUGGAUAGCGAGAGAUACUAUCUUCUUGUCAUAUUGCCAGCGAGGAGAGGAUCUGGCGAGCUGGACAGGUUAUUGGCCAGGAUGGCGCGAGAGUCUGACCUAUCCGAUGUUUACGCAGCUUUGCAUCCACGACGCGUGCGCGCAGUGGUGCCAAGUUUUAUAGUCAAGGGGCAUGUGACACUGACGACGGAUUUGCAAAAGAUUGGUAUUCGCGAUGUAUUUGAGCCCCGGCAGCACGACUUCACACCGAUGACACAGCAGGCUGGUGUUUAUGUCCGCAGCAUCGAGCAGGCCGUCUCGGUGGCCAUCCGCAAGUACCAGCCCGACAUCAAGAACAGAUACAUCAGCAACCGAGGUCCAGUGUUGUUUUCCGCUACAUAUCCGUUUCUGUACUUCGUCAUGGACACCAAUAUUCACGUCGCGCUGAUGGCUGGCAAGAUGGUAGAUCCAUUAAAUACAAGAAUACUAUAG